AAAAUAAUAAACACCAUUGUAAAACCACUAGCUUCCUUGCUCCGCUCAGAAUCUAAAAAUAAUAUUUUAAUAUUAAUUCAACUUACAGGUUAUAAUAAAUAAUAACAAUAUAAAAAAUAUCCAGACUGACAAACCAUCUCCGCUCAGAAUCGUUUUCCUUAUACCAUUGGUAUUGAAUUCAAGUUAAAUACAAUCCAUUAUAUAUUGACCCACUUGUAACCUACUGUACAGCAGACCGACAUCCACUUACCCACUUUUUUUUAAUAUUUUCAAUUUAACUUACACUAAAACUUUCAGAAAAUGUAUUCUAAAAAUGACUCAUGGAUAUAUUAUAUUUUUUUAAUCGACAAAAUAAUAGAAUACCAUUAAUAUAAUUCCUCACAAGAAAAUUAAUAUUUUAAAAAUACAAUUAUUCCAAUUAUUUAACCGGUUGCUGGACCAAAAGUGGAGGCGUUUUUAUGACGAGGUAUAAUGAUGUAGGUUGUAGGUAUACUUACUUUUGCCUUACUUAUUGGGUUCAAGCAUAAUAUCGUCAUAGAGUUUGUUGAGUCUGCAAGACUUAAAAAAACAAAUUGUGAAUACUUUACAAACCAGAUUGUCCAAAGCAUAAUAUGAUUGUACCCUAGCACACAUUUUUUUGUAUAUAGUUUAUAUAUAUGUUAAUGACUUUAGGUGCGAUAGUCGUUUAAAAAUUGAAAUUCAUACGUCUACUAUGACUAUAGUGUUGAACGACUGUAUAAUUAUGAAUCAAUGAGACUCGUUGGUACUUGCAUAUGUGUAGAAGCUUUACACUACGUGUCAUCGCAAUACGACAUUUACUCACAGCUUUUUAGGCCAUACAACAGCUACAGAUACACACAGGCUCAGCCUAUGUUCAGAUAUCCGCAACCCACAGCAGCCCGCUAUCUGCAACCCACAGCAGUCCGCUAUCCGCAACCCACAGUACCGGGCUAUCUGCAACCCACACCAGUACGCUAUCCGCAACCCAUAGUACCCCGCUAUGAUAGCUAUAGAAGUUUUACACCGGAAAACAGGAGUUUAGUCAAUACGAAAAAGCAGGCAGCUGAUGUCGAUCAAAUGCAAAGUCAUCUGGAUAAUUUGCUGUCGAGAAUGAAAUCGACGAUGAUGGAAAUGAAUAACAAACAAGAGCAGUCAGCUACCGACCGGUCGUCAAAGACAAUGGAAAAUCCAAAUGACAGUAUCUACAAAGGAAAGCUUACAAGAAAAACAUCGGCAUCAAAUAGAUCGGCAUCAGUGUAAUAUAUAAUUAAAUAGAGAAAAAAUCGAACGAACCGAGCGAUAGGUAGUAAUAAUAGUACGUAACACAAUGUUUUCAUUUUUUUUUUUU